AUGCCCAGCCCACCCAUCUCGCCCACCUCCCUAUCGCCGUCCGGCAAAAUGGCCAGCCUAGCAAGCAUCCUCCACCACGGCAGCACGCCCAUCACGACCCAGUCCACGUCCUCAAAAUCCACGCCGGCGCCAUCAUCCGCCUUCCGGCAAGCCGCAUCGCCGCCGCCGCCUCACCACCACCACCAUUCCUUCGGCCAGCAGCAGCGGUCCCAGGCCACCUCCCCUCCCCCCGGCUUCGGCAACAGCAACGGUAACAACUUCAUCACCCCGCUCUCGCCCACCACCAUCGCCUCGGCCGGCCACCGCAUCGCCCCCGUCCAGGAAGACCUGCCCUUCUACCACCAGCUCGAGCAGGUCCAGCGCGUGCGCGAGGGCAAGUACGGCGCCGCUGCCGCUGCCGCUGCCGGCGGUGGCACCGCGCCGUCGCCCCUGCCGCCCUCCGGCUUUUCGUCCUCGUCCGGCGCCGGGGCUACGCCCGCCUCGGCCGCGGCGGCUGCCGUUGCCGCGUACGCGUACUCGACCGACGCGUCGUCCGCCGGCGGCGGCAAGAACGGCUUCUUCCCGAGCGCGACGUUCGAGCGGCAGAUGGCCGAGGUGGAGGAGGCGAAGGAGGUGCUGAGGAAGGCGGGCGUGUUGAAUGUCGGUGCUACAGGCGCUCCUAGUGCCGCUGCGGCCGCAGCGUGGGGUUCAAGCGGUGGUGUUUCGCAGCAGCGGGGCAGCAUUGCCGCCAGCGCUUUCCGUGGCUCGAUCGCAAGCGGCGGGGGUCACAGGGGCUCCGAGGCGCACCUUAAGGUCCAGGUCCAGGGGGAUGGAAAUGCGAUGGUCAGGGUAAUGGGAUCGGCAGAGGAAGCGGACAGGGAUGAGGGCGUGAGGGCUAUGUGA